AAUGAGGUUAGUGUGCAGGACCAGAACAGGUUUCGAGCUGCUAAGAGGAGUUCACCGGGCAUGUCAGAGAUGAACAUGGCAAAUGCCAACAUCCACCCAAACUUGGCUGAACAUGGAGACACGUGGGAGAAGGACACUGUUCUAACGGGUGCGAGCAACAAGUCCUCCUCCCUCGAGAACCUGUCCGAGUUCCCCUCCCGACACAAUGGCGGGGGGUGCCGGAAGUUGAACCCCAACCAGACGAACGUGAACAUGCCAGAUGAAAGCGAGUAUGGAAUCUACAUGGAUCCCUAUUCGCCUACCUUCUGUCAGCGCUGCUUCUCUCCCGUCAUCUCUGUUGUGUUGAUAGCACUGGUGUUGAUCAGUUCGCCUUGUUUCGCCUUACUUCCCGUGCUGCUGUGGAGCGAGCAACUCUCCUGUACUUACAACUGCUUCUCCACUCUCAUCAACAUCAUGUUUAAGAGUCUCAUUUUGAUGGUGGGCUGCUGGGCAGUCUUCUUCAGAUCUUCCCGCUCCACUCUGCCCUCAGUUCACCUGGUGCGGCUGCUGCUCCUGCUUUUCUCUCUUCUAUUUCUCACGUGCCACUGGAUCUUCUACCUUGUCAAAGUCAUAAGCCCCAGAAACACGGACCAAAGCUUUACUCUGCAAUUUGCUAACAGUACUAUUGAUUGUGCCUUGUUUGUUUUCUACCUUGCUGUUGUGUGCCUUGAAGUGAUGCACCUGAACACGGAGUAUGUGAUAAAGGUGGUGCGCAACACCGAUGGCGAAAGUCGCUUCUACACCAUUGGCCACAUGAGCAUCCAAUCCUGUGCCAGUUGGAUUCUACAGCAAUACUACAAAGACUUCUCUGUCUUCAAUCCUGCCGCAAUACUGUCUUCGUCGAUGAGCAGUGGGGGUGGGGGUGGGGGCAAAGCAGCCAGGGCCAACAAACACCACGUCACUAGUCCGCAGCAGCAGUACAAAUUCUACGACAUCGAUUCUUUCAUGCCUCCAACUGCUGCGGCGUCUUCUGCCGUGGGGGUUUCCGCGGCCAACGCUUUAAUCGACAAAUCACGUGCAAUAAUAGCGGCCUCUGCUCGCAAGCGAGAUGCAGGUCACAACGAACGCUUUUACGAAGAGCAGGAUUUAGAGCGAAGGAUGAAAAAGCGAAGAGCGCGCUUGAUCGUAGCGGCCGAGGAGGCCUUCUCCCAUUUGAAACGAGUUGAAGACGACGAAAACGGACUUCAAAUGGGCCCAAAACCUCCGAUGAAUGCAUCCGAAAGUGCUCGGGCCAUUUUUCCCUCAAUGGCAAGAGCAUUGCAGAAGUACCUGAAAAUAACUAACCAGCAGAAUCGAUACACACAGGAAGCGAUUUACGACCAUCUGGCACGCUGUCUCACUCUCGACUUCACACCCAAGGCUUUCCUGGAGAAGUACUUGAAACCGGGGCCUGUGAUAACGAGCGAAGCGGAACAGAAGCCGAUCCAAAGCUGGGAUUUGAUUUCGGAGUUGGGCUACCCCAAUCGAGGCAUCAAGGAGAACGUCGUGUUCCAGUUGAGACAAGAAGCCAUCUCUCUCAUCGUGUAUGUGGCAAGGGUGCCUCACAUAUAUAUCCGGGAAGCUUCUUUCGAAACAUCCAAUCAAAACACUUUCCUGCUGCGUCUCGACUCAGAGACUUCUGUUUAACUGCUAAUUUGUACAAACAAGGCUAUUUAAAAUAAUCAAUAUCUCUAUUUGAUAAUUUGAUCAAUUUAGUUAAAUUUUGUAUUUCAUUUGCAAAAUAUUAAAUUAUUCAUAGAAACAGUGCAA